AUGAACCACAUGGUUACACUUGUAAUAUCAUUAGGAAAUAUGGCUUCCUGGACCCUUCGCGUUCUAGGCAUGCUGUUUUUGCUAGCAGUAACGAACGGCCUAACUAUGGAUGAAGAUGCUACGAAUGAUGCCAUUGCUGCUGCUUCGGCUGAUGAAGGAAGAGAAGUGGCCAUUCUUCUAACUGGACCACAUGAGAAGAGUUCGAGAAGAGAGGAAUUGUUGCAUGGAAAAACAACAGAAGAAAGCGCUUUUUCACUCUUCUAUAAUAGCAAGAGUAAUAAAGUAUCCUUGGAGAGUCUACACGGCGGACAUCUUAAGUCUGUAUCAUGGGGUCUGGGGUCACACCCACGGGAGACCUUGCUGCUAAUUGUAACACACGAAAAGGUCAAACUAUAUGUUGGAUGUCAACCCUUACAUUGGCACCCUAUGUCUGGGAGACACGACAUUUUAGCCUUGCUGGCGAAUAAGAAAUUUAAAUUGUAUCACGAAGAGAAUGCCCAAGUCGAGAUUCACGGAAGCGCAAAGGCAGCUGUCUCUUCUCUCAAAUGCGAUGAAGAUUUCAGCCCACCUACCCUCGUGACAGUAGACUCAGACGUGGAGGAAGUCAAAGACUUUAUAGCCAGGGAAGAAAGACUCAAACGGGAAGAGAUGCAGGGUGACGAUUACAGAACAAAUUAUAUAGAUCCUAAUAUUCUACCGACUCUACAGCCGACUACUCCACCAAGAGGGGAUAUACCUAAUAUGGAUAUAGAGUCGUGUGAUGACGAAGUAAUACGUCAACUGAAACUACUGCGGGAGACUGUGGAACUUUUGAGGCGAGAGUUAGGCGACCAGAAGGGUACCAUUGAGAACCUUCGCAACCAGCUCCGUAUAUGCUGCAGUCGUGCGCCAGCGCCGCCAGUCGAGAGAUGUACCGGAUCCUCCUGUUACCCUGGAGUCCAAUGUCGGAAUGUAGCAAGUGGAAUCGAAUGCGGACCCUGUCCUUCAGGAACGGAAGGAGAUGGCCGGAGAUGCAGGCCUAUACCUUGCAGCCGACGGCCUUGCUCGCAAACGGAGUAUUGCGUUGAUUCGGAGCAAGGAUUCCGCUGCGAGAGGUGCCCUGGCAGGCAGACAAGUGAUGGACAGACCUGUCGGACGCCAUGCAGUUCCAACCCCUGCUUCGGAGGACGUGUCCAAUGUCAAGAUAUGCCUGAUGGUGGCUUCCGCUGCGGUAACUGUCCACCUGGAUUUACUGGAAAUGGGGAGCAGUGUACCAGGAUCACUUGUAGGCAGAUAUCGUGCCAUCAAGGCGUGGAAUGUCAAGAGACACCUUCGGGUCCGCGAUGUGGUUCCUGCCCGGGUGGAUAUUUGGGAGACGGUCAGAGGUGCCAACAUAUCUGCGAUUCACGGAGGCCAUGCGGGGACAGGCGUUGUACACCAACUGCUUCCAGCCCCUUCUAUGAGUGUGAGGGCUGCCAGAAAGGGUACGAAUGGAACGAUGGGCAAGGAUGUCUUCACAUCUGUGACACACGGCGUCCUUGUGGAGAUAGAAAAUGCUCCCCCUCAACAACUGUACCCUUCUAUGAAUGCGAGAGUUGCCCCCCGGGAUACGAGUGGACUGGGGGACGGUGUCAGCACAUCUGCGAUACGCGGCGGCCUUGUGGUGAACGACGUUGUGUUCCCAGCCUUUCUAACAAUUUCUUUGAUUGCGAAGGAUGUCCUCAAGGGUUUGAAUGGAAUGGGGAAAGGUGUCAACACUUAUGUGACUUGCGACGGCCGUGUGGGGAGAGGAGAUGUAUCCCCAAAACGAGUAAUCCCUUUUACGAUUGCGAAGGCUGUCCUAAUGGAUAUGAGUGGAAUGGUUACGCUUGUGUAGACAUGGAUGAAUGUGAUCUAAUUCGUCCCUGUGACGAAAUGGUAUCUUGUAGCAACGUGGAUGGAGGCUUCAUAUGCGGACCCUGUCCUCCUGGAUUUGAGGGCAGUUCCGGCUGGAGAGGCUCAGGAGACGAGAGGAGACGAGAACACUGCGUGGAUAUAGAUGAAUGUGCUGAUGGCAGAGAACCAUGUUCCAGAGGACGAUUGUGUGUCAAUACUCCGGGCUCAUUCACCUGUGUGCCGUGCGGAGGUAACUUCUACGUGAACACAUCCAGACCCUGUAUCGACGUUGGUGAUUUAGUGCAGCGCUGUGACCCAGCACGUUGCCGUCGUUUCAAUGCGGUUUGCGGAUAUGGACAAAACUGUGUUUGUGCGACUGGUUGGGCUGGAAAUGGUACAGUUUGUGGUCCCGACCGCGAUAUAGACGGAUAUCCGGAUCACCAAUUGCUCUGCGACGAUAUACACUGUAAAGCUGACAACUGUCCAGAUGUAUCUAAUUCUGGACAAGAAGAUGCUGAUAAAGAUGGUAUUGGGGACUCUUGCGACCCAGAUGCAGAUGGUGAUGGAAUUCCAAAUAUACCAGAUAAUUGCCCAUUAAUACCAAAUCCUGAUCAAUUAGACCGAGAUGAGGAUCGAAGCGAUAAGAGAGGGGAUGCUUGUGAUAAUUGUCCACGAAGGUUCAAUCCAGGACAAGAAGAUGCGGAUCGAGAUGGUUUAGGAGAUAUCUGUGAUCCAGACAUGGAUAAUGAUGGAAUCCUCAAUGAAAAUGACAACUGUCCGCGAGUGUUCAACCCUCAGCAGGAAGAUAUGGACGGGGACUACAUUGGGGAUUUGUGUGAUAAUUGUCCUCGUGUUAGGAAUACACAACAAGAUGACGCUGACAAGGACAAUGUUGGCGAUGCCUGUGACAGCGAUGUUGAUAGAGAUCAAGAUGGAAUUCAAGAUGGCCUUGAUAACUGUCCAAAUCUAGCCAAUAGUGACCAACAAGAUGUAGAUAAUGAUGGAAAAGGAGACGCUUGCGAUGAUGAUAUAGAUGGUGACGGAAUUCCAAACUUAGAGGAUAAUUGUCCUCUUGUACACAAUCCUGAUCAACUUGAUAGUAAUGGUGACGGAAUUGGAAAUGCAUGCGAUAAUGACAACGAUGGAGACAAAGUUACCAACGACCUGGAUAACUGUCCAAACAACUCUAAAAUAUUCCGCACAGAUUUUAGGAACUAUAUGACUGUCAGACUGGACCCUGAAGGUACAUCGCAGCAGGAUCCCAACUGGGAGAUAGCUAAUGAAGGCGCGGAAAUCAUUCAAACCCUGAAUUCUGAUCCUGGUCUCGCGGUCGGCUUCGAAAACUUUGGUGGAGUUGACUUUGAGGGUACACUAUUCGUGGAUUCACAGAUUGACGAUGAUUAUGUUGGAUUUAUAUUUGGAUACCAGAACAACAAACGGUUCUACGUGGUGAUGUGGAAGAAAAACACCCAAACGUACUGGCAGACGACACCAUUCCGCGCUGUGGCUGAACCAGGAAUACAACUUAAGUUAGUUAACUCGAAGACUGGUCCCGGAAAGACAUUAAGAAACUCACUAUGGAAUACAGAAUCGACUCCAGAUCAGGUGACACUCCUUUGGAAGGACCCACGCAACGUAGGUUGGCGUGAAAAGACUGCCUACCGCUGGCGUCUACUCCACAGGCCCAAAAUAGGUCUUAUACGUCUGAAGAUCUACGAGAACAACCGGCUAGUAGCUGACUCUGGCAACGUUUACGAUUUCACUCUGAAGGGAGGACGACUUGGGGUGUUCUGUUUCUCGCAAGAAAUGAUUAUUUGGUCCAAUCUUGUUUAUAGGUGUAACGACAAAAUACCGUCGAAUAUUGUGUCAGAAUUACCCACGAGGUUGCUGAAGAAGUUAGAAGUAGACCACGACUUCAUUUACACAUAA